GAGAGAGAGAGAGACAGAGAGAGACAGAGAGGGUGCCUAGAGAGAGAGACAGGUUAAAAGGGUCAUUGUGAAGGAGCAAGAGACGAGAGGAAAGGGGAGCCAAAUGUCUGAACAUUGUAGGGAAAAAUAGGGGCAAAGCUGCAGCAUUUGGUCUCUGAGAAACUUGGCAAGCCUUCUUUUGUGUUGCUUUCCUUGUCGACUCCUGUCCCGCCGACCCACUUUCUCCCUUCUCUAGUUUUCCGGCCAACUCGCCGGCCGGAGCUUAGACGUCCAUUCGUUGACUUCCUAAUUGGUCAUAUUACGAUAGAUUCCCUUUCUAUCUGUUCCCUUUUGUUCUUCCUCUCCGUUAAAAGAUUCCCAAGCUUUUUGAUGUUCCUUUCCUUGAUAAAUAUUAUCUUUUCCGUUUUGCUGAUCUGACCAAAAGCUGCACAUUCCUGCUUACGUAUUCUACCUCAAACAGAGCUUUUAAAAUCUGGAUUGCUGAUGGUUGAGCUCUUUGGUCGAUAAUUUGUUGGAUAUCUGAUUAAUCAUCGAAGAUAUGUAUUGUUGACACUCUUGACAACUACAGCAGCAUAUUUCCUAAGAGAGACAAAACAAUGAAGAUGCAGCCAGACGGUACUGGAGCUGGGGCUGCCUCCGCCGCUGCUGCGCCGAACCCUUGCGAAGGGGCAGAGAAGAAGAGCAUAAAUCCAGAGCUUUGGCAAGCUUGUGCGGGGCCGCUGGUGAACCUGCCGCCAUCAGGUACUCACGUGGUGUACUUCCCUCAAGGUCACAGUGAACAGGUUGCAGCAUCUUUAAAGAAGGAUGUGGAUGGUCAGAUUCCAAACUAUCCAAAUCUCCCUUCCAAGUUACUCUGUCUCCUUCUCAGUGUCACCUUGCAUGCUGACCCAGAAACUGAUGAAGUAUAUGCUCAGAUGACACUUCAACCAGUGCCUUCUUUUGACAAGGACGCAUUGUUAAGAUCUGAUCUUGCUCUCAAAUCAAGUAAACCACAGCCUGAGUUCUUCUGUAAACAAUUGACGGCGAGUGAUACGAGUACACAUGGAGGUUUUUCUGUCCCACGCCGUGCAGCAGAGAAGAUUUUCCCUGCUCUUGAUUAUACUAUGCAACCACCUGCACAAGAACUUGUGGCAAGGGAUUUGCAUGACAAUGUCUGGACAUUUCGCCAUAUAUAUCGAGGACAACCAAAGCGACACUUACUUACAACAGGAUGGAGUCUAUUUGUCAGUGGAAAGAGGCUAUUUGCUGGAGACUCUGUUUUGUUUAUAAGAGAUGAAAAGCAGCAGCUUCUUCUUGGUAUCAGGCGAGCUCACAGACAACCCACAAAUCUAUCAUCUUCAGUGCUAUCAAGUGAUAGUAUGCAUAUUGGAAUUCUGGCAGCAGCAGCUCAUGCUGCUGCAAACAACAGCCCCUUCACUGUGUUUUAUAACCCUAGGGCUAGCCCGUCAGAAUUUGUUAUUCCUUUGGCGAAGUACUACAAGGCAGUGUAUAGCCACCAAAUAUCUCCUGGCAUGCGCUUCCGAAUGAUGUUUGAAACUGAAGACUCAGGAACAAGAAGGUAUAUGGGUACAAUUACAGGAAUCUGUGAUCUGGAUCCUGCAAGAUGGAAAAACUCACAAUGGCGCAAUUUGCAGGUCGGUUGGGAUGAAUCAACUGCUGGAGAAAGACGAAGUAGGGUUUCAAUAUGGGAAAUUGAACCAGUGACAGCUCCAUUUUUCAUCUGUCCACCUCCGUUCUUCCGGUCUAAGCGUCCAAGACAACCAGGAAUGCCUGAUGAUGAUCUUUCUGAUUUUGAUAACCUUUUUAAGCGGAUGAUGCCUUGGCCUGGUGAUGAUAUAUGCAUGAAGGAUCCUCAGUCACUCCCUGGCCUCAGCUUAGUUCAAUGGAUGAAUAUGCAGCAAAAUCCUGCUCUGUCUAGCUCAUUGCAGCCAAAUUACGUGCAGUCCUUGUCUGGUUCUGCUCUGCAAAAUCUUCCUAGUGCAGAUAUUGCCCGUCAGCUGGGAUUUUGUGCUCCACAGAUCUCUCAGUCAAGCAAUGCAGCUUUCAGUCCUCAGAGGUUACUUCAAACCCCACAACAAGUUGAUCAUCUUCAGAAGAUGCCAUCUGUGUCUAGCCCAUUAGGAACGGUCAUGCAGCCACUACAAGUAGGUGAUAUCACUCAGCAACCUAGACAGAAUUUAGGAAAUCAAACUCUACCACAGAGUCAAGUUCAGAACCAACUUCUGCAUGCUCAAAAUAUUGUUCAACCUACCAAUAUACUUCAACAGCAGCAACCAUCCAUCCAAAACCAUCAGCUGCAUAGGAACCUCUCCCAGAACCUGUCACAGCCUCAGCAGCAACAGACAUUUAUGGGUCAGAAUCAACAGCAAAAUUUUAUACAGUCCUCCAUGCCUGAUCAUGUCAAUCAACAGAUGCAGAUGUCUGACAAUCAGAUUCAGCUUCAAUUAUUGCAGAAGCUUCAACAGCAACAGCAAACAAUCUUGGCGCAGCAGUCCAUAAUGCAGCAGCCUACUCAACUUAGUCAAAUCCAAGACCAGCAGAGGCAACUUUUAGAUCCAACUCAGAACUUCUCAAGGGCCCUAACGUCAAGUCAAGUGUUAGAAAUUCCUGCCAUACUUCAAAACUCACUUCCUGAUGGUAACUCUAUUCCACAUCAGAUGACGAAGAAUAAUGGCCAGACCAGUGUUCAGUUCUCUCAUCCAUCCCGGCAGACAAAGCUUCAACAACAGCUAUCUGGCACACUGUCCGAGAUGUCUGAGCAUGUGGGAUUCCUCCCUGCUCCUACUGCCAACAAACUCUCUGUGGCUGGUGGUAAUAUAUUAACUGGAACAGCUGGAGCAGGGCAGUCUGUAAUUACUGAUGACAUUCCAUCUUGUUCCACUUCACCUUCCACUAAUAACUGUGCCAAUGCACUUCCACAUGUGAAUUCCCGGAUCCAUAGGAACACAGCGAUAGGGGAUGAUAUGGCUCAAUCUGCAGCCACGAUCUUAAGUCCUAGUGCCUUAGAGGCCAUGUCUUCAAAUGCAAGCUUGGUGAAAGAUUUUCACCCAAAAUCUGAAGUCAAGCCUUCUUUAAAUAUUUGCAAAAGUCAAAAUCAAGGGAAUUUUUCCACUCAUGCGUACUUAAAUGGUGGAGCUGCACAGACAGAUUAUUUGGAUACAUCAUCUUCUACAACUUCAGUUAGCCUUUCUCGAAAUGACACUUGUAUGCAUCAGAAUAACAAUCCAUUAUCUUACAAUCCGCAGUCAAUGCUGUUUAGAGACAAUAAUCAAGAUGGGGAAAUUCAGCUAGAUGCUAGGAGCAAUGUUCCUUAUGGCAAUAAUAUUGAUGGUCAAUUGGGAAUGCCGCUGAAUCCAGAUUCUCUUUUGAUCAAAGGCACAAUAGGGCUGGGAAAGGAUAUGUCAAAUAACUUUUCUUCAGGAGGCAUGCCUGGUAACUAUGAGGAUAACAGAGGUGCUCAGCAAGAACUCUCUUCAUCAAUUGUUUCACAGACAUUUGGGGUCCCUGAUAUGACCUUUAAUUCAAUUGAUCCCACAAUAAAUGAUAGUAGCUUCUUAAAUAGGGGUACAUGGGCCCCACCUCCUCCCCCACCACAGUUUCAGCGGAUGAGAACGUAUACCAAGGUAUACAAACGUGGAGCUGUUGGUAGGUCCAUAGACAUAACCCGGUAUUCAGGUUAUGAGGAGCUUAAACAAGACUUGGCUCGUAGAUUUGGCAUAGAGGGACAGUUGGAGGACUGGCAAAGAAUAGGCUGGAAACUUGUUUAUGUGGAUCAUGAAAAUGAUGUUUUGCUAGUGGGAGAUGACCCUUGGGAGGAGUUUGUGAACUGUGUCCGCUGCAUCAAAAUACUUUCUCCUCAAGAGGUGCAACAGAUGAGUUUGGAUGGAGAUUUUGGCAAUGGUGGCCUUCCAAAUCAGGCCUGUAGCAGCUCUGAUGGUGGAAAUACCUAAAGGAGUCCAAACAUCUGCUAACUAUUCUUCCAUUUGGCUCAGUGGACUACGGGCAAAUUUGUAGAGCCGUAAGAAGUGGAGUAUCUGUUGCUACUUGCUGCCGGUGCGCCAACUGUGGUAAUGAAUUAAGUAUGGAGAGCGCCCUGACAAAGCAAUUCAGUUAACUGUUUGAAGCUAUGGAUUUGAGAUGCAGUAGUAAGAUUGGCGAAACUGUUCUCAAUGCAUAUAGAAUCUCUCUAGUUCAGCGUAGCUUAGAAAGCCAGGUUAAAUUAUGGCGGCAUAGUUAAGGUGUAUAAAAUUGAUUCCUCCCCAUAUAUAGAAGAGAAGGAUGGCUUUUUGCAUGGGCCUUUGUAAUCGUAUUCAGUCAUGGUCCGUUUAUUUCAACUUCAGAUUGGCCAAGGAAUGGGAAUGAUGACGUAGGUUGGUUUGUAUCAAGGGUGUUCAAUGUGAAUCCGUUUUGAUUA